AAAAACUUUUCAUCAACAGCGGCCAUUUUGCCCAGCACAGACUCCGAGAAAUUUUGGAAUUUGUAAUCAAAAUUGCGGCGUUUUGUGAUAUUCGGGGCCGCUUGAGGCGGCUUGUAAAGUGAUUCGGUAACUUUGUGCGCGCCCUGGUCAAGUCAGAGGUGGCGUGGAAGCCCUUUUGACGCCGCAAUUGGAUUCGGUGUUUGGCUGCUGGGGUUGUACGGUCAGUCGGUGCGGAGUGAGAGGCAGGCCGCAAGAGGCAUACGAGGAUGCCCGCCGAUGGGGCAGCCGCUCAGUGAGCACUUACUCGGCGCCGCUGGCAUGCGAUUGACGCCGCAGCCACCCAUCAGGACAAUGAAGUGAGGCCCCGGCCGCAAAAAGCGUCUAUAACGCGAUUUGAAAAAUACUACGAAAAAUUCGGAGCAGUGCAAUCGUCAACAACACCAUGGCUGAUCACAUCGUUGACGGUCCGCCCAACAAGCGGCAAAAACUCGCUGACCCCUUCCAGGGCCCGUCCGAUUCGUCUGUUUUGCUCCAUCACAAUCCAUACGAUUUUGGCUCUUCGUCCCCGCUGGGCAGUGAAGACGCAUCUUCCAACUCAACGCCAUGGAGGUCGCAGAAGAGAAAUCUCUUUUCGAACACGGACAUGCUGGACCUAGAGAAUGACCUUCCAGAUGAGCUCAUGUCCUCGAGUUCGUGGGGCGCCAGUGAGGUUGCGAAACAGCCUACAGGGCCUGGACCUGGUCAGGGUAUGCAGAACGGCGACCCUGGAGGAGGCAUGUCUGCUCCCGACACUGGAGGCGGCUCGAGUCUCAACCAGCGCCACCCCAACCUUACGCAUCUGAUGAACAAAGGUGCUGGCCCUGGCGGCCAUUUGGGCCCAGGUGGUCCCAAGACUAUGCAGUCGCCGCCAAACAAGUCUGAGCAGCAGCACCUAAUGAUGGGUGGCGCAGGAGGUGGCCAAGGGGCCGCUGUAAUGGCAAACAACAACAAUCUUAUGGCCAUGGGCAUGGCCACUGGCAAUGGAAUGCCUCAAAACUCUAUGAAUCUUGGCGGACCCAUGGGUAUCAAACAGCAGCAGCAGCCUGGACAGCCACAGAUGAUGGGCAUGCACCAGGGGAACGGGCCUAUGAUGGCCAAUAGGCCGCAUCUCCGACCUCAGCAGCAGCAGCACAUGCAACAACAGCAACAAAUGCUAGGUCAAAGGAUGCCCCAAGCAGGAAUGAAUCCUAUGAUGGGUGGCCCUGGUGGCUACAACUACGGUUCACCCAAUCCCCAAAUGGGACCACAGCGUGGCAUCGCACCUCCAAAUAUGACAAUUGGUCAACGGUUCCAGGCUCCGCCACAGCAGCCGCAGCAAGGACCCCAACAGGUGCCUGGCGCAGCCCAGCAGGGUCAACCCGACGGGAGCCAACAGGUGCAGCCCCCAGCGCAGUCUCCGGCACAAGCUCAACAAGGUCAACCUGUUGCCCAGCCUGGAGCAUCUCAGCAGCCAGGCCAGCCUGCGGCUGAUCCUGAGAAGAGAAAACUUAUACAGCAGCAAUUGGUGUUACUGCUGCAUGCCCAUAAGUGCCAGCGCAGAGAGAGCCAGGCAAACGGGGAAAACUGGCAGUGCGCACUUCCACACUGCAAAACCAUGAAAAAUGUCCUCAAUCACAUGACAACCUGCCAGGCAGGCAAGGCUUGCGCAGUGCCUCACUGCUCCUCUUCCCGCCAAAUAAUCUCCCACUGGAAGCACUGUACCAGAUCAGACUGUCCUGUGUGCCUGCCUCUUAAACAGGCUGAUAAGAGCAGGAGUAACCAAAAUGCCGUAGCAGCUCAACCCGCACAGCCAAAUGCUAGCGACAUGCGAAGAGCAUAUGGAGCACUUGGCAUUUCAGUACCCUCGGACCCUAUGUUAACUGGUGUUGGCCGUGGCGUUCGACUCCCAGGAGGACCGGCAACAGGCCCCCAAGGUGCAACAAUGGGACAACCAGGCACGCCUACAGCUCCUGGUCAGGUCAGGAUGUUAGCUGGGCAGAACACAACUUCUUCUGUUCCCAACGUAAACGUCCUAUUGGGCAUCCCUCCAGACCAGCAGGUGGGUCCACCGACUCCGCAGAAUCAGCAGCAACAGCAAUCACAACCUUCAAGUGCGGCUGUAACUAACAUGCAGAAGGCCCUCUUUGGGGGACAUGUUGCGCCUAGUGAUCCUCAAUCAGCUGGAAAUUUCCUGAUGAACCAGCAGCAACAGGGCUUGGCAGACGGCCGCCUUCCUGGCCUGCAGGGCCAAGUGACUGCAGCACCUGUCCAAGGAACAAAAGAGUGGCAUCAGUCGGUCACUCCAGACUUACGAAACCACCUAGUUCAUAAGCUAGUUCAAGCAAUAUUCCCUACCCCUGACCCACAAGCAAUGAUGGAUAAAAGAAUGAAUAAUCUUGUUAAUUAUGCUAAGAAAGUUGAAGGCGAUAUGUACGAAAUGGCGAAUUCAAGGUCUGAAUAUUAUCAUUUACUGGCGGAGAAAAUAUACAAGAUACAAAAGGAGCUUGAGGAAAAGCGGCAGCGACGGAAAGAGCAGCAACAGCAGCAAUUAAUGCAGCAGUCUCAGCAGGGUGUCCGUCCUACCGGUCCUCAGGCAGCCGGCGGCCAAAUGCAGGCCAAUUCAGCAGCGGGCACUCCUGGAGGCUUGGGUAACCUUUCUCCGAGUAUGAAUCAGUUGGCAGGAGCUCAAGGUGCAGCGCCCACACCCCAACAGCAGCAAGCACAGCAACAACAGCAGCAGCAAUUGCUGAACCAGCAAGGUCAACAAGGGGCGGGCGUUCGAAUGCCUCAGCAAUUCAUGCGUCCUACUGGCCCCAAUCAGCAAGGGGCGAUGGGCAUGGGAAUGGGAGGCAUGACUCCCAAUCAGCAGCAGGGUGCCAAUAGCUUCAAUAUGCAGAACCAGCAGCAACAACAAAUGGCUGGUAUACAACAACAGCAGCAGCAGCAAUUCUCAGACAUGAUGAAGAGUCGAAUGGCAACACCGAACGUGACGGCACCACCUCCGUUUGGUGCCAAUCAGCAGCCACAACAACAGCAAUUCAAUGCAAACUUGUUGAAUUCUCAACAGCAACAGAUGCAACAGCAGCAGCAGCACAAUUUGAUGGGCAAUCAAAAGCCUCAACAGAGCCAAAUGACUCCGCAGCCCCAACUGAAACAGGUCCCAAAAACUCCUAUUCGAACUGUGUCCAUGUCUUCUCAGCACCAAGCAAUUGCAGCGGCUCUGAACGCUGCUUCCGAGCCAGAGACUCCUUCCUAUAACAGUAUAGGAAAAGGUGGCGCCGGAAUGGGAAAGGGUGGAGGUGGUAUGGGCAAAGGAAAGCAUCAAGAUGACACCCCAUCAGGCAAGGAUCUCAAGUGCGACAUCAAAUCGGAGCGUGACAUCAAACCUGAUCCAGAUGGUGAAUCAAAGAUGGACGAAGGAGAUGAUGAUGCUGGUCCCUCUGGAAUCAAACGAGAGAUCAAAAGAGAGAUCAAAGAUGAGCCUAUGUCCACAGACACCCCUGACAUUAAACCUCCCAUCCCAGAACCCAUUCCUCAGCCACCUGGUUCUUCAGACAAGAAGCGCAAAUGCAUGUUUAAGCCAGAGGAACUGCGGCAAGCAUUGAUGCCAACUUUAGAAAAGCUGUACAGAUUAGACCCUGAAUCAAAUCCCUUCAGGCAACCCGUAGAUCCACAGAAUCUCGGCAUUCCUGACUAUUUUGAUAUUAUUAAAAAGCCAAUGGACUUGUCCACCAUAAAGCGUAAACUAGACACAGGCAUGUACCAAGACCCGUGGGAAUAUGUAGAUGAUGUCUGGCUUAUGUUCGACAAUGCCUGGCUCUAUAAUAGGAAAACUUCCAAAGUUUAUCGAUACUGCACCAAGCUGUCUGAGGUAUUUGAGGUGGAAAUCGACCCUGUGAUGCAAAGUCUGGGAUAUUGCUGUGGGCGCAAAUACACUUUUAACCCACAGGUGUUGUGCUGCUAUGGCAAGCAGCUAUGUACUAUUCCCCGUGAUGCAAAGUAUUUCAGCUACCAAAGCAGCCUAAUUCAAUAUGGAAUUGCUGGAAACAGAUACACAUACUGCCAAAAGUGCUUCAACGAGAUUCCUGGCGACUCGAUCACCCUUGGCGAUGACCCUACUCAGCCUCAAACGGUCAUCAAGAAAGACCAAUUUGUGGAAAUGAAGAAUGAUAACCUUGAAUUGGAGGCAUUUGUUGAAUGCUCCGACUGCGGCCGCAAACUUCAUCAGAUAUGCGAAUUGCACAUGGAGAACAUAUGGCCCAAUGGAUUUACUUGCAGCCAUUGUCUUAACAAGCAAGGCAAAAAGCGCAAAGAAAACAAGUUUAACUCCAAAAAGCUUCCGGUCACAAAGUUAGGUACCUACAUAGAGACCAGGGUGAAUAAUUUUCUCAAGAAGAAGGAAGCUGGUGCUGGCGAGGUCUCUAUAAGAGUGGUUUCAAGCUCUGAUAAAAUCGUAGAAGUCAAACCAGGAAUGAAGUCGAGGUUUGUUGAUACUGGCGACCUGUCUGAGACGUUCCCAUAUAGAGCAAAAGCACUUUUUGCCUUCGAAGAAGUAGAUGGGGCCGAUGUGUGCUUUUUUGGAAUGCAUGUCCAAGAGUAUGGAUCGGAGUGUCCAACACCAAACACGAGAAGAGUGUACAUCGCAUACCUUGACUCCGUACACUUUUUCCGUCCUCGCCAGUUCAGGACAGCUGUUUAUCAUGAAAUUUUACUUGGUUAUUUGGACUACGUAAAGCAGCUUGGCUACACGAUGGCCCACAUAUGGGCAUGUCCACCCUCCGAAGGCGAUGACUACAUUUUCCAUUGCCAUCCUCCUGAGCAAAAAAUACCAAAGCCGAAGCGACUGCAGGAAUGGUACAAAAAGAUGCUUGACAAGGGUAUCAUUGAGAGAAUUGUACUGGACUACAAGGAUAUUUUGAAACAAGCACUUGAAGACAAACUGAGCUCAGCUGCUGAGCUGCCCUAUUUUGAGGGGGAUUUCUGGCCAAAUGUACUUGAGGAAAGCAUAAAGGAGUUGGAUCAGGAGGAAGAAGAAAAGCGUAAGCAGGCUAAGGCUGCUGAAGCAGCGGCGGCAGCAGCUGCAAGUGCUGAGGAGAGUGAUGCAGGCCCUGAAGGCAAAAAGAAGGGUCAGAAGAAAGCAAAGAAGUCUAAUAAAUCCAAAGCCAAUCAGCGGAAGAACAGCAAAAAGUCAAAUUCUCUACAGACUGGCAACGACCUCUCGACAAAAAUAUUUGCCACCAUGGAGAAGCACAAAGAGGUCUUCUUUGUGAUACGGUUGCACUCUGCACAGUCAGCAGCAAGUUUACAGCCUAUAACAGAUCCUGAUCCUUUAAUAAAUUGCGAAUUGAUGGACGGUCGUGAUGCCUUCCUGACAAUGGCUCGUGACCGACAUUAUGAAUUCUCCUCUCUUCGAAGAGCAAAAUACUCAACGAUGGCUAUGCUCUACGAGUUGCACAACCAGGGCCAGGACCGCUUUGUCUACACAUGUAAUAACUGCAAGAACCAUGUAGAGACCAGGUGGCACUGCACACAGUGUGAUGACUAUGAUUUGUGUGUCACCUGCUACGAGAAAGACGGACAUGAACACAAGAUGGACAGGCUGGGCUUCGACCUUGACGACGGAUCCUCCCCUGCUGAUGCCAAACAAGCAAAUCCACAGGAGGCAAGGAAGCUAUCAAUUCAACGUUGCAUUCAGUCUCUUGUUCAUGCUUGCCAGUGUAGAGAUGCCAACUGCAGACUUCCAAGCUGUCAGAAGAUGAAGAGAGUCGUGCAGCACACAAAGAUCUGCAAACGAAAGACCAACGGUGGCUGUCCUAUAUGCAAGCAACUUAUAGCCCUGUGUUGUUACCAUGCAAAGCACUGCCAGGAAACCAAGUGUCCCGUGCCUUUCUGCUCAAACAUCAAGCAAAAGCUGAAGCAACAACAGAUGCAGCAGCGACUCCAGCAAGCCCAGUUGAUUCGAAGGCGAAUGGCUAUGACUACACAAAACUCAAGAGGCGCCAUGUCAGGCACACCAACGGGAGCGGCGCCUGCAGUUAUGGGCAUGAGCCACCAAGGUCCAAGUUCUCAACAAGCUGCAAUCAUGGGCAUGCAAUCACCACACCAACCUGGUGUUGGCAUGAAACCUGGAUCACAAGGACCACCUGCAAAUGUCUUGCAAGUUGUUAAACAGGUUCAGGAGGAGGCUGCACGACAACAUGCACCACUCACAGGCUAUGGCAAAGUUACUCCAACCGUCGGAGGUCAGCCAGCCAUAAUGCCACCCCCACAGAUGCAGCGGCCGAUGAACCAAAUGAACCAAGGCCCUGCAAUGCAACAGUCGCCUCUGCCUAGCAUGGGCAUGGAAUGGCAGAACCGUUUUGGUCCAGGAAUGCAGAGUCCAGGUGGAAUUAGACCUGGUGCUCCUCAGCCCAUGCAGCAACCUGGCCAACAGCAGCCAAACCAGAUGAUGGGUCAGAGUCCGCAACAGCAACAACAACCAAUGAUGGGGGCUGCCGGUCCCCAGAUGGCUGGCCCUGCUGGUCCUGGGGCCAUGGGUGCACAAAUGCAACCUGGCCAGCCUGGAGGCGUCCAUCCAAACCAGAAGCAGGCUUUGCAAUUAUUGUUGCAGACAUUGAAGUCACCUAACACGCCUGAGCAGCAGCAGCAAAUUUUGCAGAUCUUGAAGAAGAAUCCUCAGCUGAUGGCAGCAUUUAUCAAGCAAAGACAGAUGUACCAGCAACAGGGUCCGCAACAGCAAGGCCAAAAUCCACAGGGUCAACCUCAACAACAGCAGCAGCAGCAGCAGCAAUUUGGAAUGCAACAGGGCCAACAGCAGGUCCCUCAAGCGGGCGGUAUGCCGCCAGGCGGUCAACAGCAACAAAUGAUGCAGCAGCACCAACAGCAAUUGGGUGCAGGCGCCAUGCAGCAGCAACAACAGCAGCAGCAAACGCAGAGAAUGCAAAUGCAACAGCAAGCUCAGCAGCAGGGUGUUAACACUGCCGGUAUGGGCGCUGCACAAAUGGCCAAUCCACAAAUGAUGAACCAAAUGCAGCAACAGCAACAACAGCAGCAGCAACAGCAGCAGUGGUACAAACAUCAGCAACAGAUGAUGGCUAUGCGGCAACAACAACAACAGGCCCAGCAGCAAGCCCAGCAGGCUCAGGGUGGCUUCCAACAACCCCCAGCACCACCCUACUCACAAAGACCGCAGCGUCAGCAAAUGGGUUUUGGCCAGCAGCACACUUUCACCACAGACCAGUACGGCCAGCAGUUUCCCUCACCCCAACAGCAGGGAGCCCAAGGACAGGCCCAGCUGAGGCCAACCCCGCCACCGGUCUCGCCACAAAUGAUGGCACCACCCUUGCAGCAGAGUCAGCAGCAACAGCUUAUGCAGACUGUCAGGUCUCCUCCCCCGAACACCAUCGCAAGGUCGCCGCAACCUAAUGCCUCCCCUAGAACGGGUGGCCCACCUUCUGUUGGAGGAGCAGGAGGCGGAGGGCCCAUUCAGUCGCCACGAACGCAUGCUGUUCCAUCUCCUCGCAGCCAUCCGGUUCCUUCUCCGCACCCGCACCACACGCCGACCCACAGCCCGCACCCCAGCAUGGGUGUCGGGAGCAACGACGGUGGCGGCCCUUCGGAGAUGAUGCUGUCGCAGCUGCAAGGCGGCCAACACCAAAUGCCAAUGCAGUCGCCGCAGCAGAUGGGCAUGGGUGGUGGUGAUGUCAACGACACAAACGCCAUCACGCCGCAGGACCAACUGACCAAGUUUGUGGAGCAGUUGUAGUAAAAAUUUUGAGAAAUUCUCUCUCUCUCUCUCUCUGCUGUUGUGCCGACGGUUUGAGAGGAGGAGCAUCAAGAAAAAUGGCUGUGCUAAGGCAACAUGUAAGUUUUUUUUAUAAAACGAGCAGCACUCCGCCGCUCGCGUCUUACAAACCCCACCCGGUUGCCCCCAAGAAGCAGCUGAUAGAAUGAUCCGUCUUGUUCGAAUUAAAAAGAUCUCAUCGUGGAGCGCCGUUUUUGUGUCUGGAGGAGAGAACAUUUUUAAGUUUUUUUCCGAGCUGUAAGAUACGAACAAGUGGUUGUGAUGACUUUUUAAGGGAAUAAACUACUAUCAUACAAGCAGUGGCCUGUGGCAAUUUUUUUCAUGAUGCACAAUAAUAAGAAUGGACCUCUACCUCUACGCAGUAACUCUCUUUUAUUUAUUGGACGGUGACGAUGAUGAUUGCGUGUCUAACUUGACCUCUUGCAGACAUUCCAGCCCUUGACCACUUUGUUUAGAACAGCAUCGAAGCAAGUGCGCCCCCUCGUUCAGUUUCCUCUCUUCUUUUUAAUUUAUUGUUUAUUUCUCUUGGUGAUUUAUGUAGCAAAUCAAGACUCGCUCGGAGGGUUUGUUGUUCGAAAACGAAUCGCGCUCAAUGUACAGUGUAAAGUGUUGAGUUUAACGAUUGAUUGUAAAUGUACAUAAUAUGAUUCAAGUGCUAAUAACACAUUUAUUACGCCACAUGGACAUUGAGAGAAAACAGAAGUGAACUUGCUAUUCUAUUUGCUAGUAACAUAUUUAAUUAUUCUAAUUAUUACGUCACAAGAAAAACUAAAUGAGAAUAAUGAUUGUUGUUACAUAUUUAUUAAUUUGAUUUGAGGUAUUUUAGGCUUUGAUUUGUGCGCCUGUUACCCCAGUUCAUAGAUAUUUUAUAAGAGAACAGACACAAUUUGAACAUAUUGAUACUGCUGUCUUCUGUAGCCAUUAUGUCAAUGAGCAUUUGAUGAUUUUAUAAUAAACCUUGAAUAAAUUUAAUCAACACGCUUUUCAAUU